GAUGUUCCGGGAAACAUCUGCACGUGUGUCUAAAGUCUCCGUGGCGGAAGUUCACUCCACCCGAACCCGUGGAGUCGCCGGUUCGAGUUCCGGGCGCCUCGGAUUGUCGUGUUUUCGCUCAGCUGCAGAUGAUCCUGUUGUCUCCGCUGAUCAUCGAGGGGCGGACCGCUGCUGCUUCUGGUUCUGAGGGGAACUUGGCUGAUAAUUAUUAACCUCAGGGCUCCAAGCAGCGAGCAAAGGUUCCCGUGGUGUUGUCCCCGAGCCGCCGGAGCACCGUGUGAGAGAUGACUUCAGCCUGGGAGAGUCUCCUGUCCGCGUACCAGCGCGCACUGGACAAUGGAGACAAGCGCACAGACCCCUGGCUGCUGGUCUACUCCCCCUUCCCGAUGCUCCUCAUCUUCCUGGUCUACCUCAGCGUGGUGUGGGCGGGCCCUCGGAUGAUGAAACACAGGGAACCCUUCAACCUCAGAGUCGUUCUCAUCGUUUACAAUUUCUGCAUGGUUGGCCUGUCUGCCUACAUGUUCUACGAGUUCCUGGUCACGUCGUUGCUCUCAAACUACAGCUACCUGUGUCAGCCUGUAGAUUACAGCAACAGCCCUCUGGCCAUGAGAAUGGCCAGAGUCUGCUGGUGGUUCUUCUUCUCCAAGGUCAUCGAGCUCAGUGACACGGUCUUCUUCAUCCUGAGGAAGAAGAACAAUCAGAUCACGUUCCUCCACGUCUACCACCACGGCACCAUGAUCUUCAACUGGUGGUCGGGGAUCAAAUAUGUGGCCGGGGGACAGUCGUUCUUCAACGGGAUGGGCAACAGUUUCGUUCACAUCGUCAUGUACUCGUACUACGCCCUGGCUGCCAUCGGCCCACACAUGCAGAAGUACCUGUGGUGGAAACGUUACCUCACGUCCCUGCAGCUGGUGCAGUUUGUGAUCUUCCUCGUGCACACGGGUCACAACCUGUUAGCCGAGUGCGACUUCCCCAACUCCAUGAACAUGCUUUUGUUUGGUUACUGCGUCACCCUCGUCAUCCUCUUCAGCAACUUCUAUUAUCAGAGCUACCUCAAGAGCAAGAAGAAGCAGAAAGUAUAAGAAGCAGUCACUGCAGCACUCGUCCACUAGAGGGCACAACAAGCCUACAGAAUGAGGCUUUUUCUCAUCAUCAACAGUCUGAGCUCAUUCACAGAAGUUGUAUGUCUGUAAGAAAAAAUACACUGUUCAGGUUAAUAAAGCUUCACACUCCUCUCUGCAUUAUUUUAAUUAUUAAAAAAGAGCCAUUGAGUGACCAAACCAUUUAUUAUAUCUUAAACUGAGAAAUGACAAACAUUCAAAUGAUUGUUGUUAACAAACUGUACAUUUUAUACACAUGUAAUGAAGGAGUUUGUUGUUUUUCCUGCAGUAUUGCAGAAUGAAUGAGCCCCUCCUCUGGAAGUAAAUGCAAAAGUACAGAACACUUGACAACAAAAAGAGAAGAAGAAAAGCAAACACACGGCAAAAUGAUAUAUUUUUCUCUACACCUCAGUCUGGAACACAUCAAAAGAUGUAGUUCAGAGAGAGAGAGAGAGAGAGAGAAAACACGAGAGGAGGGAGAGGACGUUUUUAUUUAACGUCCGUUCAGGAGUUUUGUAUCGUCUGUAGUUGACAUGUCAAAGCCGAGGAAACGUGGAAGCUUUGUCUGAUUGAACUUUGUACGUAAGUGUGUACGUGAUUGCACCAACGUAAACCGAGUCACUAUCUGUACAUGAUGGGUUCUUGAUCAAUAAAUGUGGUUCUGAAGCUCA